UGAGCAAGCUGUGUGGGAAAUGCAGUCCCACUGACACAGACAUCCUGCAGCCCUCCUUCAACUUCCUGUAUUGGAGCCUUCAUCAGACCACGCUGGGCAGUCAGAAAAGAGCUGCUGCAGUGCUCCUGAGCAGCACGGCCCUGAUAGAGCUUCUAGAGAAGACGCUGUCCCUCACCUGGGCUGAGGAGGGCUCUCCCGGGCCCGAGCUCCUCUGCUCCGCCUGGCUGCUCACUGCCUCCUUCUCUGCCCAGCAGCACGAUGGCAAUCUGCAGGUUCAUCAGACGCUGUCUGUGGAACUGGACCAAGUAUUGAAGGCCCUCAGCUUUCCGAAGAAAAAGGCUGCGCUGCUCUCAGCUGCCAUCUUACGCUUCCUGCGGACAGCCCUGCAACAAAGCUUUUCCUCUGCCCUGGUUGCCCUGCUGCCCUCGGGGGCCCAGCCACCGCCAGCCCCUGAAGACACUGUCCUGGCUCCACUGGGAACAUCACAAGUGCUGUCCCUGGUCAUUGGACUGCAGAACCUCCUGGUUCAGAAGGACCCUCUGUUGUCCCACGCUUGUGUCGGCUGCCUGGAGGCCUUGUUUGACUACCUGCAUGCCCGGAGUCCAGACAUCGCACUCCAUGUGGCCUCCCAGCCCUGGAAUCGGUUUUUGCUAUUUACCCUCCUGGAUACUGGAGAGAAUUCCUUCCUCAGAGCUGAGAUCUUGAGGCUCAUGACCCUGUUUGUGCGGUUCCGGAGCAGCAGCAUCCUCUCUCAUGAAGAGGUGGGCCGUGUUCUGCAAGGCGCAGCUUUGGCUGACCUCUCUACCCUCUCCAGCACCACACUCCAGGCUCUGCGUGGCUUCUUCCUGCAGGUCCAGAGCAUGGGCCUCCUGGCUGAUCAUAGCAUGGCCCAGACCCUGCAGGCCUCCUUGGAGGGUCUUUCCCCCAGGGCCUCCACGGCCCAGCCGCCCCUACAGGACAUGAUCUGCCUGGGAGGAGUGGCUGUAUCCCUGUCCCACAUCAGAGACUGA